AUGGCGACUCAUUCACUCUGGAGGCAAUGCACCUCCUCAGGAACAUACCACCUGAUCACUCACUCUAAGAGUAGAGUUACUUCCCAUUGGAAACCAUCCGCAUUCCUCAAAUCCCAUAUCGCCGCCUAUUCUUCCUUCCGCUCAGAAAACAACAACAGCUCUUCUCCUCGGAGACCUCGGACUUUUGACUCGACCAGUCACAGGAAUAAGCCCGUAACCGUCAACCCUCAUCUGGACACAGCACACCUCUCCAACUCUGCACCGCCAGUCCGGGACUGGGACAAGAAGAACCUCAUCGGACUUUCCCUCGAUCAGUUGAAGGAGGAACUCAAGUCGAUUUCCGGAGUGAAGUCAUACACCGCUGGACAGAUCUGGAGAUUCCUUUAUCAACGAGGAGUGACCAGCAUCGAUGACAUGCUCAAUAUCCCAAAGUCGAUCAAAGAUGAGCUGAAUGAAAACUAUACUAUCAACUAUGGCCGUGUCGUGUCGGAUCAUGUGUCGCCAACAGACGGGACAAGGAAGUUGCUUGUUGGAUUCAAGGACCCUAAGGCAAUGGUCGAGUCCGUCUUCAUCCCGAUGAACGGUCCAAGAGGAACACAGUGCAUCAGCAGUCAAGUUGGAUGCUCCUUGGCAUGCACAUUCUGUCACACAGGAACCCAAAAGUUGCUCAGGAACCUGACUGCAGGCGAGAUCGUCAGCCAGUACAUGAUCCCAGCCAAGGACUAUGGCGAUCUCCCUCUUGUCAAGAAUGCUCAGCGGAAUGUCAGCAACAUUGUGUUUAUGGGUCAAGGCGAGCCGUUGUACAACUGGAGGAAUGUCAAGCAGGCUAUUGAAAUCUUGACAGACAAGGACGGGAUCGGAAUGCCCAAGAGCAAGAUUACAGUCUCAACCUCUGGAGUGGCGCCUGGACUUGCAAAGUUGGCUGAGCUCGGAGGGGUCAGUCUUGCCAUCUCGCUUCAUGCCACCAACGACAACCUUCGCGACGAGAUCGUCCCCAUCAACAAAACAUUCCCUAUCAAGGUCCUCAUGGAAGCAUGCGCGGAUUAUGCUAAAAAGAUGGAGAGCUGCAAUCGCGACAGUCAGCGAAUCACCUUUGAAUAUGUCAUGCUGAAGGAUGUCAACGACAGCUUCCAAGAGGCACGAGCCCUUGCAGACUUGCUCCAAGACAUUCCCUCACACGUCAACUUGAUCCCUUUCAACCCUUGGCCCGGCAGCCAGUAUGUUAGCUCGCCUCGAGAUCACAUCGUCGGCUUCUCGCGUAUCAUCGAGAACUUGGGAGUUCCUACCACGAUCCGCUGGCCACGAGGACUCGAUGUCAUGGGCGCCUGCGGUCAGUUAAAGACCACCUAUGACCAAGAAAAGCUGACGCAGUGA